CACUGUGCCGCUCAGCACUCUGCUGCCAUCAUGGGAGUUUUCACAUCAAGCCAAGAUAAGUUUCCAGACUUGCAAUUACCGGCAAAAUCGUUCUAGUGCAUAGAGUACGUCUCUACCGGUGCUGUUAGGGUUUCGUCUUAGCCGAUUUGUAAUCAAUAUGUUAUUCUUGCUGAAACGCCGGUAAGAGUUCUCUAAACAGCAUCUACCUCCCCAUCAGCACCACACAAAGGGAGCCGCGGAGUUGAGUCUUUUAACGAGCUGUUGUUGUUUUUGUGAAUGUCAUAAAAUCAUUUGGGCUAUUUUCCUUUUCGAAAUGGAUCACUUUGCAGCAGAGUGCCUUGUGUCAAUGUCCAGCCGUGCAAUUGUUCAUGGUCCUAAAGGGAAUAGAGAGAUCAAACCAGAAACUGUGGUCUCUCCCAGGAACGGAGAAGAGACCAGGGAGCCUCUGGUGAAAGACAACUCUUCUCUUUUUGUCGUGGCCAGAAUUCUAGCGGAUUUCAAUCAACAAACCCCCGCCAAUUUUGCCGAACAGGCUAAAAUAAGAGAGGAUAGCUUGGCACCAGAGCUGGUCGGCGAGGAUGGAAACUCUGCCACACCUACUAGCAACCCCGUCGACACACGAAAGGCCAAACGACUGAGGGCUCGCGCAGAGCAAGGAUACAUCCUGAAAAAGCACAAAUGCCACUAUUCAGGUUGUGAAAAAGUUUAUGGCAAAUCGUCCCAUCUCAAAGCCCACCUAAGGACGCAUACAGGUGAGCGCCCGUUCCCCUGCACCUGGCCCGACUGCACCAAGAAGUUUGCCCGGUCGGACGAGCUGGCACGCCACUACCGCACACACACGGGCGAGAAGAAGUUUGGCUGCCCGCUGUGCGACAAGCGCUUCAUGCGCAGCGACCACCUGAUGAAGCACGCCCGCCGCCACUCCGACUUCCAGCCCGCCAUGCUCAAGCGCCACCACGGAGCCGGGGGCAGCGGCACCGCAGGAGGAGGCCUGGGAGUGGGCAACGGCAUGGGCGGCGGGGGUGCCAGCGCGCGUCCCGGGUCCCUCAGCGACUACAGCCGCUCGGACGCCUCCAGCCCCACCCUCAGCCCCACCCUCAGCCCUGCCAACUCGCCUUAAGACAAAAGGAAUAAGAAGAAGAAGAAGAAAAAGAAGAAAGAAGACAAAAAUCCAGCCCCACUUUCCUGCCCAGCCCCCCCAAUCAAACCCCCCACUGACCCCCCCCCCCCCUUCAAUGGGGCUCCUGGCUGGUUCUAUUCAUUAUUUUAUUUAAUGAUUUUUUUUGUGAGAAAGACUUCUUUUUCUUCUUUCUCGUUUUUUGUUUCUCUCUCUCUCUCUCUCUCCCUUUCUCUUUCUUCUCCCAUAGUAAUACUCAUGUUGCACAGUUGCUGCCCUCCUUCCCCACCGCUGGUUCCUUGCUUGCUGUGAUGUACUGUAUUGUACAUAACCGCUUGUAGUAGUGCAAUUUUUUUCUCGUGCAACCAGAAAAAAAAAAUACAACAACACACCAACAACACAGAAACAAAAAGCAAAGAAAUGAAAAAAAAACAAAAAAACAGAGAAUGCCUUUCGCAGAUGGCAAUAUUUACAAUCUGUACCAUGUGUCUGUAUUUCUCUAGCUUCUGGCCACAGCUUUCCUCAUUUUGUUUCAUUCAUUUUAAACAACUCAAGUUGUUCAAGCGGACAAAAAUAUUUAGACAAAAUUGACAGGUAUAUGAAAUUGAAUUUGUUUUUUUUUCUUUGACCUUUUCACCUUGACAAGGUGAGGGGGCGAAGGGGCAAACACACCACACCUCAGGAUUCAAACAGUUUUUAUUUUGAGUUUCUUCUUAUUUGGGUUUUUUUUUCUUUAUUACUCACCUUGACUGCACAAUACAAGCAUCACUUUACUCUGAAAAAUUCAACAUGGGGUUGAAUUUUUGCACCCUGCUCAGGGAAGGCUGUGUUAGCUUGAAAGAAUGAACAUGUUUGAAGAGAAAAAAACACAAACACAGACACACACACAGGCACACACAUACAUACACACACACAGACACACACACAUAGACACACACACACACACACACAAACUCACACCCAUAAAACAGCCUUACUCUCAAUGAGAUUUGCACUCUUUUCCUUUGUUUUUUUUGGGGUAGUUUUUCACAUUGUUGGAAAACUAGCUCUGGGUAAAAAGAAAGACAUAAAAAAACAGUCCUAAGGACUCAGCGUUAAUCAUUGAUCUUGAACUGAGGAGGUACACAAGAGACUGGCUCUACCAUGUGAUGCUGAGGAGGGGACAGAGUGGGUUGCUUGGUUUGUUUCCUUGCUUUUCAUUUUUGCGAGACUGGAAAAAAUAUUUUUUUUUUUUUGUGUGCGAGUGUGCGUCAUUCAUGCAAAUAUCUCUAACCGUCUCUGUUUAGAAGCCAGGUGACCCCAGUCAGUCACUGGGGCAGCAUUUCAAAGGGAAGCUUCUGUGUACUGUCACACUGUCAAACAGAGUAAUCACAUGACAUGAUGCGUCCGAUCCCGUCAAGAGAAGCGAGGUGGCAUGCCAUGUAUGGCCACUCUUUUCUCCACAAGUCUACUCACCCCUUGAACAACCCCAAAAGCAUGAAACAAAACAGUGAAAAACAAAAAAAGGAGGAGAAAGUUUCAAAGCAGCUGUUUCCUUUCUCUGGACUGCACACCUGCACAUUCAAACUCAAAUCAGGGUUUCAAACACACACACACACACAAACACACACUGUGACUAACACAUGAACUGAAGCAUUCAACCAUUCAACACACUACUACUUUAGUAGAAAAGGACUUUUUUUCAUGGUGUGUUUUUCUUCCUCCUCUGCUGACUUCCCGAAUAAUAGCACACAAAAGUCUGACAUCAGCAGCAACAGGGCGUGUGUGACCUCGCUGACCUCUGUGGUUAGGUGUCUGGAUGAGAUAACCUCCUGGCUCCCGCACCUCUGUGGGGACAGGAAGUGGAGGAGGGGUGGGUCCCUCGUUCUCUUCCUCACUCCCUUGUUCAUUUCACUCGUUCAUUUGCUUGCUCGUUCGCUCUGUGGCUAGCUGGCAGUUUUCUCAGGUAGAACCAGACAGCCUGGCCCCGUGCCCUCUCUCAGCCCCCGCACCCAACACACACACACACACAUUCACACGAGCGUGUGCCCUGCCUGAGGAGGCCUCCCCUCUUA